CAAUGCGUCAAAUGAAAAACGUUUUGGCGUUCUCUCUCUUUGACAGAUUAUAGCUUGGCAUUUCGUUUUUCGCUCGCACAUCAUAGUCGAGAAAAAAGCGCCGGAAUAGAAGAAAAAGCGGUCACUCUCAAGAGAUAGUGGAGUUGUUAGCGGCGUGUCUGCAAUUGCUUGGUUAGUGAAGUGCAGGUUGGGACGUGAGGUAAAAUUACAAAGCGAGUGAUUAAAUUUCUAUCGUUUAGAACAUUUAAUACCAGCAAUGGGCGAUCGCGGUGAUGGAGCUGAGGCUUUUGAUGAUGCCGUUGAGGAGCGCGUCAUAAAUGAAGAGUACAAAAUAUGGAAGAAAAAUACACCUUUUUUGUAUGAUCUGGUCAUGACGCAUGCACUGGAAUGGCCGUCACUAACCGCACAAUGGUUACCCGAUGUGACCAAACCAGAGGGAAAAGAUUAUUCUGUGCAUCGAUUGAUACUGGGAACGCAUACUUCCGAUGAACAAAACCACCUGCUUAUUGCUAGCGUGCAAUUGCCCAAUGAAGACGCUCAAUUUGAUGCCAGUCAUUACGACAAUGAGAAGGGAGAGUUUGGUGGAUUCGGAUCUGUUUCUGGUAAAAUCGAAAUUGAAAUUAAGAUUAAUCACGAAGGGGAGGUUAAUAGGGCCAGAUAUAUGCCGCAGAAUCCGUGCGUGAUUGCUACGAAAACACCAUCGAGUGAUGUACUUGUUUUUGAUUAUACUAAACACCCUAGCAAACCGGAACCGAGCGGUGAAUGCCAUCCAGAUCUGCGUCUCCGUGGACAUCAAAAAGAGGGCUAUGGUUUAUCAUGGAACCCAAAUCUCAAUGGUUAUUUGUUAUCCGCUAGUGAUGAUCAUACUAUAUGCUUGUGGGACAUCAAUGCUACUCCAAAAGAACACCGGAUUAUUGAUGCCAAAAAUAUUUUUACCGGUCAUACAGCUGUCGUUGAGGAUGUCGCUUGGCAUUUAUUGCAUGAAUCCCUCUUUGGUUCCGUGGCUGACGAUCAAAAGCUAAUGAUUUGGGACACACGCUGUAACAACACUUCCAAGCCAUCACAUACAGUUGAUGCGCACACAGCGGAGGUGAACUGUCUUAGUUUCAACCCGUAUUCGGAAUUCAUCCUAGCUACUGGAUCUGCAGAUAAAACUGUUGCACUCUGGGAUUUGCGUAACCUCAAACUGAAGCUGCAUUCGUUCGAGUCACACAAGGAUGAGAUCUUCCAGGUCCAAUGGUCUCCACAUAACGAAACCAUCUUGGCAUCGUCGGGAACUGAUAGACGACUCCACGUGUGGGAUUUGUCGAAGAUCGGUGAAGAACAAAGCGCUGAAGAUACCGAAGAUGGACCGCCGGAGUUGCUGUUUAUUCAUGGAGGACACACCGCAAAGAUUUCCGACUUCUCUUGGAAUCCAAAUGAACCGUGGGUCAUUUGUUCGGUUUCAGAGGACAAUAUUAUGCAAGUCUGGCAAAUGGCGGAGAAUAUUUAUAACGACGAAGAACCCGAUGUGCCGGCCAGCGAAAUUGAGGCCGGCGCUCCGUGAAAACAUCAUAAAUCAUUUCGUUUGUAUUUUAUCUGCUUCACCAUGAGUAUCAACGUAAAUGUUAAACGUUCACAAAUUCCAUUGUAAGCACGUAAGAAAUCUUGAAGAUACAUGUAGUCGACUAAACUUAUUAAUGUUUUUGAAUAUACCUAUAAUAUGUAGUGAUGGUUAUCCACAGAUUUUAGAAAUAAACUUCCUUUUGAUAGCAAAA